UCUCUCUUCUGGUGGCCCGCCCUCCCUCCUCCCCCUCCCUCCCCUCCCCACCCCCUCUCCCCUCCUCUCCGGGCCUGCGCGCGCGCGUCUUCUUCCUGCACGCGCCGCCGCUAGACAAGCACUCUCGCCGGACCUCUGGCCCGCGCGUUCCUUUUCCUCUCUGGCUGUGAGGCGAGUGAGACCCUGCACCGCCGUCGCGGCAGCAGCGGCAUCCCGGGCGGGCUCGGGCGGCGGCAGCGGCGCGCGACCCCCCGGGCGGACCGUACCACCGCUCGCCAGCACGCGGGGGGAGCCGCACGCCCCGCCGCACACGCCUCGGCGACCCCGCGGGGCUGAGGCGUCGCCGCGCCCGGCAGCGUGAGCGCAGAGCCGGCCUCGACCCAGAGCUCGGAGACCCGAGGGCCGCGCACGCCGCCGGCCCCACCCAUCCGGGCCGAGGAGGCCGCGGCAAUGGCCGAGACGGAGGAGCGGAGCCUGGACAACUUCUUCGCCAAGAGGGACAAGAAGAAGAAGAAGGAGCGGAGCAGCCGGGCGGCGAGCGCCGCGGGCGCAGCGGGCAGCGCCGGCGGGAGCAGCGGAGCCGCGGGUGCGGCGGGCAGCGGGGCGGGCGCGGGGCCCCGGCCGGGAGACGGCGGGGCCGCGAGCGCGGGGGCCGCCGGCCCGGGGGCCGCUACCAAGGCUGUGACGAAGGAUGAAGAUGAAUGGAAAGAAUUUGAGCAAAAAGAGGUUGAUUACAGUGGCCUCAGAGUUCAGGCAAUGCAAAUAAGCGAAAAGGAAGAAGAAGAUAAUGAAAAGAGAGAAGAUCCAGGUGAUAACUGGGAAGAAGGUGGAGGAGGAGGUGGUGGUAUAGAAAAGUCUUCAGGUCCCUGGAAUAAAACAGCCCCGGUACAAGCACCUCCUGCUCCAGUAAUUGUUACAGAAACCCCAGAACCAGCAAUGACUAGUGGUGUGUAUAGGCCUCCUGGGGCCAGGUUAACCACAACAAGAAAAACACCACAAGGACCACCAGAAAUAUACAGCGAUACACAGUUCCCAUCCCUUCAGUCAACUGCCAAGCAUGUAGAAAGCCGGAAGGAUAAAGAAAUGGAGAAGAGCUUUGAAGUAGUAAGACACAAAAAUAGAGGUAGGGAUGAGGUUUCAAAAAACCAGGCACUUAAACUUCAGCUAGACAACCAGUAUGCUGCACUUGAAAAUCAGAAAAGCAGCCACACACAGUACAAUUAAGGAAUGGUCUUUGCUAACCCUUCUAAGGUAUCUAGACCACAGCUAACCACCAUGAACAGCCAUUCAUCAUCUGAUCUCUGCUGGAUCUACAGCAACUGAUGCAGACCACUUGAUUUAAGGGACCGGCCCUAUUGCACUAUGGAAGUUUAAAGUGUCACAGCUGCUCUUUAUGUAUAUUGGAUUUAGAGGAAUUUUCAUUGUUAUAUAAAUGUGCGAACUAGAUUCCACAGUGUUCUUUCAUAAUUACUCUGCAAAUACAAAAAACCAAAACCUGCAGCCAGUGGUCAUUUCAAAAUCUUUUUAUGUUCAGAUACUGAGCCUUCGUAAGGGUUGACUACCUCAGAUUUGCUGCACUCAUUGUGGACUUCAUGUGGAUCACAACUUCUGGAUAAGAAGGUUACAGCUAUUAAUUGUCGACGUGAACCUUGAAACCAGCUCUACUGGAUUCCUGUCAGAAAUCCUGCAGAAAGUCAGCCAUCUGGGUUCUGAUCUGCUGUAAAAGAUGAAGAUUUAAGUGACCUUAAUUAACCUGUCCCGUGCCCCACCCUUAAGGAAUACUCUCUAGUAGGCUGUGGCUAUAUUAGACUUCCUGGAACACGCUUAUCUCAAGAGAACUGAUGUGUUCAGAUCAUCUGUGUAGGGCUGUGAUUUGUAAUUUAAACUUUUAGUUGUGUUCUGAGGUAACCACAAAUUAAAUUCAACCAAACUUGGGUCCUCCAAGUGGCAAAGGGGAUGGGGGAGAGAAUAAUCUUGUUUCUCUUAGUAAUUUUUUAUUUGGAUAAUGCUUUUUUUCUUUGUUCCACAUUAAGGCCUUUUUUGCUUUGACUUGAAAUAAGUUCUUCGACAGAGCAUAUUGCUUGGUUAAGUAACCUGAAGUAUGCAUUAGAAUUGUGAAAUGUCUUGUGAAUUUGCCAAUCCCGAGAGUAGAACCAAAUAGCCUUUGAUGUAAAGGGCAGUGGAUGCCAGAGGCUCUACUUCAGGUGCUGCUAAAGCCUCCUCUAAUCAGGUCUAAGAUGUGUAGUAAACUGCAGUGGAAAGAGUGGUUUCUGCUCAGGCUAAGGGAUUCACUGAAUUGUCCUUACAAAUUCAAAGCAAUGUAAGCAAAAAACCUCAGCUAAAACCCAUAAAAGGUAAAGGGAUCAUGCAUGAUCUUUAGGAAUUCCAUAUAUACUUGUGCCCAAAUUUAAGGGAUUAGAAGUUCUGUAUAUGCAACGAUUGUCCUAGCUAGCUCUUUUAUCAACCUUUUGGUGUGUCUUUAUGUUGUUCAUUUGGAGUCAGGGUAAAAGACAGGUGGCAGUUUCUUAGUUCUCUCUUGGUUCAACAGAAAUAUUUCAGAGUGGUAUGUAACCACUUGAUGGAGUCUGGGUUUCUCUAUAAUAAAUCCCUUUGCCAAAUGCAGGAGUUGCAGACUUGCUACUGGCAAGAGUCAAGCAAAUGGGCAAGUGAAACUAUCCUGAUGUGGGGCUAUUUUCCUGUAGCAAGUUCCAUCUUGAUGGACGUGUCAGUGCAGGAAUUGACUUCUAGGAGGUUACAGUAUCUCCUGACAGGACCUGCCAGCCACAUUUUUGCAAUAAUGUUGGCAUUAUUGGAGGUGGUGGGCAGGAUGCCUUCUGAUGUAUUUGGGUGGAAGUAACUGAGCCAGCCAAUGGGAGGUUGGAUGAUUAAACAAGAAACGGGAUUCUUGGUUAAACUGAAGACUUCAUUUGGGAACCAAAACCUUAGUAAAUAAUCUCUUGGACCAUGAGCCACAUGUUUUCCCUGAAAAGUAUGCCUUUUUUUCCAGCAAAAUUUUGUUGGGGUUAUGUUACCGAGGAACGAACUAAGGUGAAUAUAUGGAGGUGUUUAAUAGCAUACUGUACUAGAAAUCUGAAGACCUGCAGCAAGCAGAUUUAAAUUCCAACACUUGUUACAACUUUUUAAAAGAUUGUGAAAAUAUCAAAAUGUACAUGAAUCAAGUUUUAAUAUACUGUAUGAUGGGUGGAUGAGGCUGUCCAUUGUACCAUUUCUUUCUUUGAAUUCUCAGGCAUGGUUUGGCAGUGCAAGAACUCUGUAACAUUAACAAAUUCAAUAAAAAGUAAAUAUAUGGA